CUUGCCGGCGGCGCGCGUGCGUGCGCGCACCCGCUCCCCGAGCGCAGUGAUUGCGGAGACUAGAGGUGGACGGGGCCGGGCCGGACCAGACCAGGCGUUGCUGGACAGUACAUUGCUGAAGCCCGCUGUCGGAAGUUGUAACAGUGCCGAUGGAGAACGCACAGCAGCCAGUUUCUUCUAUUCUUCCGUCUACUGAGAUGCACCAAAAUGAGAUAAUAUCAAAGCUUUCCAAAGGGUCAGAACAUCGGCAACGUUCCCGAAAUGGACAGAAACUCUUCAUUUGUUCUGAGUGUGGCAAGAGCUUUAACAAAUAUUCACAUCUCAAACUCCACUUGCUGGUGCAUACAGGGGAAAAGCCCUUUAAAUGCCGCAUAUGUGAGAAGGACUUCAAUCACCCAUCCAGCCUUCGGAAACAUGAGAUCACGCACACAGGAGAGAAGCCAUUCAAAUGCUCUGACUGUGAAAAGAGUUUCAACGACUCGUCAAAUCUGUCCCGUCACAAACGCAUUCACAGUGGUGAGAAGCCAUUCAAAUGUAAUAUGUGUGAGAAAGAAUUCACUUAUUCACACCAUCUAUUGUCGCACCAGCGCACACAUACAGGAGAGAAGCCAUAUCAAUGCCCAACAUGUAAGAAAGAAUUCAGCCAAUCUUCCUCAUUAGUGAUGCACCAGCGAACACAUGCUGACAAGCGACCCUAUAAGUGUGGCACCUGUGGGAAGAAGUUUCAGUUGUCACGCCAUUUGGCGAGUCAUUGUUGCACGCAUACAGGAGAAAAAGCACUGGAAUACAAGAAAGAGUUCAAGCGUGAUUCUAGUUUGGCAAAACAUAAGCGUCUCAUUAUAGGUGAGUUGCCAUCUAAAUGUACAUUUUGUAGCAAGAUGUUCCGUCUGUCGCACAAUCUAAUGAACCAGAAGCAUAUACGCGCUGGUGAGAAGCCAUAUCAAUGCUCUGCAUGUCGGCUUAAGUUCAACCAGCGCUCGUCUCUAAUGAAGUAUCAGCACGGAAGGGAGAGAACACUAUUGUGUUCCGUUUGUGACAAAGGAUUCAAUGGGUCCAACACACUGGCACACCACAUCAUUGCUGGCAGCAGCCCACAUUGCACUGGCUGUGGAAAGAGUUUCAAGAAUUCAACAAAUCACAUUCAGCACCAGGCUAUACGCAUGGAAGAACGCCAAUACAGACUUGCUGGGUACAGGAAGAGCUUCAAGCAUGCGUAUAAAGGGUGCACACAGUUUAUUGAGCCAUCGGAAUUUACACGCAGGCAGGACUCCAUCCAAAUGUACGAGAUGCAAGAAACCCUUUAAAACACCUUCUAACCAGUUGCAUUGCACAGUACUUGAGAUCUUGUCAUCCAAUUUUCUCCCUGCACUUUCCAAUAAUUAUGAAUAAUAUCACCUAGAUGAGACAUUGGCUUUGAAUAUCCACAAUCUCCCUUCCUAAAACAGGAAUUGCAAUGUUUUUUUUAUUGAAGAUUUUGACCCACUGAAAAAUAUGAUGUGAGUAAGUUACGCAGGUACUUAUUUCAGUAUUGAUGACUUCUUUAGCAACUACUUGCAAAACUGGGACUGUUUUUGAUGUUGACUCUGUGGAUUUGUUAGCAAUCUAAUUUUCUGGUGUGCUCCAUGUCAUAGUCCAUGCUCUUAUAGGCCUUAAUUUGUUGCUCCAACAUACAGUCUUUAAUAGCGGCCUGCAGUUUUUGAGCUCAGGAGGUAUGGGCUGUCAGACAUUCAGCAAAUCCUGCAUCUCACCAGAUCUGCCUUUAAUCAUAGCUGAGACUUCGUGUGCAGAUGGACAUUCUGGACAUGAAGACUUUGGACAUAGACCUGAGUUACCAGAUCCUGCUCUCUUUUUUCUGCUCAGCCGUGAUGGAGUUGCUGGACUUCCACCCGAAAUUGAUGAAGGAUUCAGGGCCAAUGUUUGAACAUUUUGUUUCCAUGGAACCGGUAUUUAUACUGUAGAGACAGUUCCUCCCCAUAUGACGUUUUCUUCAAAUUUAUUGUUUUCCUUUCAGAGAAUAUUGUUGAAAUAUGCAGGAAAGAACGUGGAGAAAUAAAGAAAAAAAUUAUCUUUGCAGAAUCGUCAUAAAGGAGUGUUGUCAGCAGUUCUAUUUCACUUACUGGUGCCAAUAUGCAAUAAGAAAAAUGAGGUGCCACAUUUUUAAUUUUGCCUUGUAUGAUGUGUGUUAAGUCAAACUCCUUAUUGGAUCAUGAACCAUAGGUGGUCUUUUUUAGUUUUAUGAAUAUCAAUGUUUUGAAAGCCAGACUUUAAUUUUGUUGUAUGACAGGAAUAUUUGUCAUAUACAUACACACACACCAUCACAUUUUGAUGAAAUUCUUUCGAAACAUUGAGAAUUAGAAUUUUCGUUCUUUGCAUUUGAGUGAAAACAGCAAAGAAAAUAAAGUUAUAUAUCUAGAACAAGGUGCUACUCCUUUUCAGAGUGUGAUCCAAACCAUAGUUUGUUAAUUAUUGUUAAUUUAUGAUUACUUUGACUCACUUGGCAGAGUGACAGUUUAUUUCCAACUCUUUAACAAAAUUUUUACCUUCCAAGAAGGACAAUGCUAAUCUUCUUCUUCGAGUCCAUUGCAAUCUCAGAUGUCGUUCUGCCAGUAUCUGGCGCAGGUCACAGCUGGUCGGGUCGGUUCAGCCAGGUGCUGGGGGCUGCACUGGGGGGCGUCGUCACACUCCAGUAGGUGGGACAUUGUACUGCUCCACAGCUGCAUGUGUCUUCUGCCUGGUAGUUCCAAUGCUAAUUAUGAAGUAUCACUGCUUUAUUUAAGGAGCUGUGCAAUAAACUCCUGUCUUCCGCAUUACACUUGAAAAUAUCUUGCCCAUUAGAGAUAUGAACAAUAUUCUAACAGAUUAAUACAAUUAAUUGUCAAUGUCUCCAUUCACAGCAUUAUGCCUACUACAACAUAAUGAAACCCUACUAAAGACGCAUCUCACAGAGGGAUAAAUUCUGCCAUGUUUCUGAAAUCUGCAAACGUUUUAGUGAUGCCAUUUUGUUAUUAAUGUAUUUAUUCUUUCUUGUCCUCACUUAUUCUCAAACACCAAUAAUUUACAAACCUCCUCCACCUUCUGCAGUUGCAUCCUUUUAUCAUGAUUUUGAUCUUGCCACAUAAUGCAUUUGGCCUUGAAACUCUCAUGGCAUCACUAAUUGCUGGAUGGUUUUGCCUUGUAUAGCUCUAGCCAAUCUUGGAAACAAAAGCUGUUUCAAAAACAGCACAUUGGAAAUGCUUACUCUACAUGCCCCUCGCUAAAAUUGGUAUGACCAAUCCUUAAUCUCGGUUAAUAAAAUUAGAAAAUGCUGGAAACGCUCAGGUCAUGCAGUAUCUAUGGAAAGCAUAUUCACAUUUUGGAUUAAAGAUCCUUCAUCAGAUCUGGGCACAGGAGGAAAAAAAAUGCUAUGGUCCGUUGGAUUUUUUUUUGUGGUCUUUGUGUUAUCUGAAUUGUUAUGUCUGCAAUAUGCCAACUGAGGCCAAAGCAGUAAUUUUGAAAGUUAUAGCAUGGUCUAUGGUUUUGCAUUUAUUCCUCUAUUAAUAAUAAACCCAUGUAAGCUACAUUCUUUAUUUUUGAUAACCAGAGCAAGUAAAGAGCAGUAAAGUUACUUUGUCGACUUUAA